AUGAGACCCCAAUUUUCUCAAUAUCCAUCACAAAAACCUCCAUAUCCCCAAACAUCUCAUCCCACUCCAAAUUAUCAACAGCCUCCACAACAAGGCCAAUCAAGUGGUAACCAUCAAAUGAGCCUUCAAGAACUCAUCACUUCUCUUGCUCAAAGCCAAACCCAAUUUCAACAAGUGACCAAGAAUACUUUAUCCAAUAUUCAAGCACAAAUUGGAGACUUGGCCGCCACUCUCAACAAGAUGGAACAAAGGGGUAAACUUCCUUCUCAAACCGAGAAGAACCCCAAUGUGAGUGCAAUAACCUUGAGAAGUUGGAAAACACUUGGAGAAAGCAACCCUAAAAGAGUUUCAAGAGAAGAAGAAGAUGAAGUUAUUGUUGUUGAGCCUACAAAGGUUAUUGUUCCUCCAAAGGAACCGAUUGAUUUGUGCACCAAGAAGAGGAAAUUCAAGGAAAAUGAAAAGAUUGAAGUCAAUGCAAACGUGUCUGCGGUUAUCCAAAAGAAGUUACCUCCCAAAUGCAAGGAUCUAGGAAUAUUUGUUAUCCCUUGUACCAUUGGUGAUCUGCAUGUCGAAAGUGCCAUGUUAGAUCUUGGAGCCUCGAUCAAUGUGAUGCCAUAUUCGGUUUUUCAUUCUCUUAAUGUUGGACCUUUGGAAGAAACGAGAGUAGUCAUUCAAUUAGCAGACAAGUCAAGUGUGUCUCCAAGAGGAGUGUUGGAGGAUGUAUUAGUACAAUUUAAUCAACUAGUAUUUGCUGCGGAUUUUUAUGUCAUUGAUCUUGAAGAGAAGACUCCUUACAAAUCAUCUAUGAUCCUCCUUGGAAGAGCUUUCAUGAAUACCGCUCACACAAUCAUUGAUGUCCAUAAAGGAAAAAUUACUAUGGAUUUUGAUGGAGAAAUCAUUCACUUCAACAUCUUUGAAGCAAUGAGGUACCCUAGCAACAUUUCUCCAUUGUACCGAGUUGAUGUGAUUGAGCCAAUAAACGGGAUAAGCCCUAAUGUAUGCACACACAAGAUUCUUAUGGGAGAUUAUUGCAAGCCUAGGAGAGAGGCUCAAAGAAGAUUAAAUCCUCCAAUGAUGGAAGUGGUCAAGAAGAAGAUAAUUAAAAGGUUCAAAAUGUGCACAGAGAAGAAAAAGGCAUUUCAUGACAAGAACAUAACCCAAAAACACUUUAUUCUGGGUCAAGAAGUUCUUCUUUAUCAUUCACGCUUAAAGUCAUUCACGCUUAAAGAUAUUCCCGGGAAAAUUGCGAUCUCGAUGGCAUGA